AUCCCUCUGAUGACGAAUGGGAAGAACUUUCCAGCAGUGAUGAAAGCGAUUUGUUUAUGGAAAAUACAUAUGAUGAGGGGAGUGGGCUGCUGAUGUCACCCCUGUGCCUCUCUGAUGAGGUUAACUCAGCAUUUCUGAACAACCUCAUUCCAAAGAAGAUUCUUGAAAAAACUGCUUUUCCGAACAGUGUUGCUCUAGACAUCUGUAUGCACAAUCCGUCUUGGAAACCAUUAAUUAAAAAACUGAGUGUGGUGCAGUGUAGAGCUUUAACGUGUCUUCAUAGCAUUUUGUUAGUGUCAGACGUGGAUUGCCUUGGGGGAGCUUCAGCACUUCAGUCCCUUGCACAGCAUCUCUCGCAGCUCGUCUUCUCUAAAACGGAACUCCCUACAGACACAGAAUUCCUGGAAGCCAUAACGAGCGCUUUGAGGGCUCUCUUACAAACAAUGGCAUCAAAGAACAUCUCCCAGUGUAUGACUCCUGAGCAGCUAUUGGCUUUAUGUGAAGCUGGUAUUCACAGCAGCAAUGCCAGUGUUAGAGUGAAUGUAGUGAGCAUCCUUGGAAUUUCUGGCAGCGUCCUGGCAAAAGGACAAGAUACAGCUGAAACACUAAAGAUGAUUGGAAAAUUUCUUCUUGACGUUGCUAUGAAGGAAUCUUCUCUUGUGGUAGCAGGGGAAGCCUUGGAUGCACUUUUUGAUGUAUUUGCAGAUGGUGAAGAAGCAGAAAAGGCAGCGGUACAGAUCAAGUUGCUUCCAGCUCUGAAAGAAUUUCAGCCAGUGUUCAAAAUGAGGAUGCGAAAAGAAGGCAAAAGACAAUUUAGUACAGAUCAACUGUGUGUUCUCAACAAUGUGAAGAUGAAUUUGAGGAGAUUCAUUGCGUAUCAGGAGACACUAGGGAAAACCCCAACUUGAAAUGUCGAGGAACGUUAAACUAAGGUUUCCCUUAUUGAGUAAUGUUUUCCAAAAAUAUAAUGAUUUUGGACUUCUGAAAUAUAUUGAACAGAGCAGUUUUGCUGUCGUGUUAAUACUGUUUUACAUUCAGUAUUUUUAUACGUCUGGGUUGAUGCAAUACGAAAGUCACAUCAGCGUAAAAAAAAACAUAGCAUACUUGGAGGUUGGUGUUGACAGUGAUAAGAAUGUGUUCUUGCAGUCCUGAGGUCAGUGCAUA